AUGAAUUCUGUAGUCGACUCCAGUGAAGUCCCAUUAUUCGGAGAACAACAUAUUCCGGUGUAUUUGAACGUAUAUGAUAUGUUACCGAGGGGAAAAAUCACAGAUAUUGGUUAUAGAAUUGGAGUUGGAGUAUUUCAUUCCGGUGUAGAAAUUCUAGGAAGGGAAUACAAUUUUGGAGGUCAUGAUUAUGAUUUUACUGGAGUUUUUGUAAUGAGACCAAAAAUUGGCCCACCGAACGUAACAUUUAAAGAAUCCAUAGCGAUGGGAUAUACAACAUUGGACAAGGAAGAGAUAAAAAAUGUUAUUGAUGAGCUAUCAGCCGAAUGGCGCGGAAAUAGUUAUAAUUUGCUAACAAGAAAUUGUAAUCAUUUCUCAAGUGAAUUAUGUAGCCGGUUAGUUGGUAAGGCCGCUCCAAAUUGGAUAAACAGAGCCGCCAAAUUAGGAACUUUCUUUCCAUGUAUUCAUUCUAAUAGUUGGAUAAUGAGUACCAUGGAUAAGUAUUUUGCUAGUGAAGUACAUGUUCCUACCACUGCAACUUCCAUGACUAUCGUUGAGGUACAAAAAAAUGUAAAAUAUUAG